AUGGAGCAUGCAUUGGAAACGUAUAGGGAGCUCGAGGAGCUGGCAGAGGGUCUCACUGAUGAGGAGAUAGAUAACCUCGAAAAAGAAUUGCAGGCGAUGACAGGCCCCACCAGUCCCAGCUCUCCUAGUGACUCCAGUAAGGAUCAGACCAACCCCAGCGUCUUUUGGAUGGAUGAUGUACUGACCCCGAAGGAGAAGGUCGAGCUUGGGCGGAAGUCCGCAAUAUAUUACCCGUCCGAUACCUACUGGAAGAUUGUGUGCAUCAAUAUGGCGCUCCAUCUUGCCAAGCGGAAGGAGGAAAGUUCCCGAGAUUACUCUGAUGUCGACAAUGCUGUCUUCGAAAAUGAACUUGAUCAGUGCCUUGAGGACUUUGAGAUUCCUACUACGGUGGCUCCGACUACUGAGACGCUCCUAGAAGUCACCCCUGAAAAUGUGACCCAGAAUGCAGGCACAGAAUGA